AUGGCCACUACGUUCUCUGCUGACGAGGCGCGCGCGGCCAUAAAGGAACAUGGGUUCUUCUCGAUUCAGGAUGGAGAGCUUGGUAAACGUUUCCUGGAGAUGGAGAACAAGAAGUGGUCGUUCUCAUUCAAGACGGUCGAAGGCUUCAAUUUUUGCAAAGCCAACGUCCUGAAGGAUACGCGCGUUCAAGAUACCCUAAGUGCCUUCAAGAGACCGCAUAUUCUAGCCGACUAUACAAGACUUGCUCCAUCCCGAGGCACUAUUUUUCAGCUCAGACGUGGUGGCAACGACGAUGUGCUCCUCGUGCAUCUCUGGGGAAUUGGCUCAAGUCCAAUAUACUAUCGAAAAUCGCAAGAUGCAGACCUCUGGAGGAUACUAGCCACCAACAAUCUGUGGCAGGUUCUAGGUGCUGAGCUGAAAGCCGCGGGUUGUCUAGGGACGCCGAUCAACUUUAAGGAUGGUGGACUGUGA